GUUUCUUUCAUGUUGAACAGAGAAGAAGCUCUUACAGUCCAAGCUAAGGAAAUUUUCUGCUAUUGGGAAAUCAUUGGACAUUAAUAGUCCAUCUAAUACAAAUGACGUAUCAACUUCCACAGAGGAUCUUGAUAAUAUUGUCGAGUCAGCUGAUGAGAGAGAUGCUGAUACUACCACAAAGGCCUUAAACAUGGAAAAUUAUGGCGUUUCUUCUCUUGGAGACGAUACCUCCAGUUUUCAAUAUCUGCAUGAAAAUGGACAAUUCAACAUUGAGGGUCUAUCUUUGAGUAUUCCUUCUGACCAGAUGAGAAUGAUCCAGAACAUAAAUACACUAAUUGCCGAGUUGGCAUUGGAGAAAGAUCAGGUGACACAAGCAUUGUUGGCAGAAUCAUCUCAAAGCUCUAACCUUAUGGAAUUGAACAAGGAAUUGACCCGAAAGCUUGAAGCUCAAACGCAGAGAUUAGAGCUCUUGACAGCUCAAAGUAUGGCAAAUGAUAAUAUCUCGGUGAGACAGACUGACACUCGCAUUGCUCUUGAUGAAACGCCAUAUGCAGAUGAAGGAGACGAGGUGGUGGAAAGGGUGUUGGGAUGGAUCAUGAAGCUCUUCCCAGGAGGGCCGUCAAGGCGGAGAACCAGCAAGCUUCUUUGAUUUUACUGUUGAGGAUUUCUCGACCGAUGCUUUUUGGAGAUGAUCUUUUGUACUUUCGACCUGAUUUACUGGUGGCUGCUAGAUGGAGGCUGCAGUCUGUAUAUUUUGAGUGAUCCCUUAUUAGCCAUUCUUUUUACCAGAAGAAAAAAAAAGAGGUGUUUUCUCAAGAGGCCUUAUUCCUCGAAGACGACAUGAUAAAAAAUGGUUGCAGAUUUUGCAAUAUAGUCCUGCAGCAGACAUUUUUUAGCCUGUGAAAUGUUAGGGAACAUUGGUUAUCUGUGUGAAGGGAAAAUUUGAAGAACUAGAGAUGCAAUAUGUUGUGUAAGAUUAUAAUAGCUUGCUGGUGGGGUGGGUGUUCAUCAUGCAAUUUUAGUUUCAUUUUUAUUUUUUGUGGAAGUAUGGGUGAUUUUACCCAUUUUAUUAAAGGGAAAAUUGCAGUAGGGGUUUCUAACC